AUGGAUUACAUUAGCUAUAUACCUCCAAGCGACUACUAUAUUAUUGACAAUGAGUCCGAAGAACAAAUUGAAGAUGUAGCCUAUCAACACGGCGACAUCAAAAAGAUAAUUAACUUUGACACAAUUACUGAAAAUUUGAAAACUAUAUCAAUUGAUGACGACAAGAGAAAGUACAAGAAGUACAUCCCCGAGAAAUUGGCUGAAGGUUCGACAUUUGUUGGCUGGGUAGUGCGCGCCAUCCAAGGAAUAUUGCUUGAUCAUUUUUAUGUCUGGAUCAUCUUGCUCCAGAGCAUCAAUAAUUCUUUUAAAUCGGUUGCCUGUGUUGUUGCAAACAUCCAGUAA